UAUCCCUGGCUGCGUCUUCCUCUGUUCUCUUUAUUAUCCUCCAAGGCAUCUUCAAUGGAGACUUGGUCUGAUCACUGUCGCCAAUAUCUGUUCAAACAUUGCCGGGAACUUUCUUGCAUACGCAAUCGCCAACAUCCAAACCACUGAAAAUUUCAAAGGGUGGAGAUGGAUCUUCAUUAUUGAGGGCAUCUUCACUGUGGUGGCUUCUCUGGCCUGCCUGCCUGCUAAUGUUGGACCUCCGGAGAAGGCCAAGUUCUUGACGGAAGAAGAAAAGCGACUUAUCAAAAACUCGGUCGAAAUACGCAGCACAGAGAUCGGUGUUGUAGCAGAGUGGAAAAUGUUUUUCACGAACCCCCUGAAUUACUGCUGGGCUGCCCUUUACUGCUUCACGACUACAACCGCUUACUCAGUCUCCAUAUUUUCUCCGUCUUUUGUCAAAUCCUUUCACCCAGAGCUCAGCGCUGCAGAUGUACAGGCGCAAAUUGUUCCCAUCUUCGUGGUGGCUGCUGUGGCAUGUCUGACAACUGCUUACGCAGCUGACCGUCUCAACCACCGCGCAGCCUUCGGCCUUGGCGGCUUCAUUUUCACCAUCAUUGGCUACGCAAUCUUGAGGCAAGACGAACACGAAAGCACAAAUGUGACCAUGAUGGCGCUGUACUUCAUCGCCUCCGGCACCUUCAUCACUCUUCCCAUGAUAUGGAUCUUGACUAUGCAAAACUUGCAGACGCCUUUCCAGCGAGCCAUCGGGAGCGGGUUUGUGGUUGGAGUUGGGAACACAUCAGGCUACAUCUCAGCCUGGAUCUUUAAAACGAGCGACGGCCCAUAUUACAAGAACGGGAUGACAAUCAGCAUGAUCCUAGUUGUUAUUGCAUUUGCCAUUCUUUCGACAACUUGGCUUUACAUCGAGAUGCAUAAUAGGAGGCUUGAUAGAGAGGAGAGAUUGCAUCCGUCUGUGGCAGGUGGAAUCAAGAGGCUUACCGGGCGAAGCUUUCGGUACAAGGCCUAG